AUGAAAGAGGGAUCUUUGGAGGCGAAGGGGGCAGUUCAUUUGCGUGGGGCCUCUGGGGUGUAUGCUUACCCCGCUGCCCAAGUUAACUUAGAUGCAGCGGAGGGAGGAGAUAGCACCAGCGAAGGCGGCCUCGUUUGGUCCUUCUUCUUCCCCUCCAGCGCUCUCCGUUCCUUGGGGUCCACUGCCACGUUGCAUCUCGACAUGCAUGCAGACAGCGGAGCUUCCUUCUCCUUCGAGUGGCUCAACUCGCGCACCCAGCAGCAGCAGCAGCAGCAGCAGGUGAUGCUUCAAAUCGAAGGAGAUAACAGCGACGCGAAAAGGCCCACACCAUGGAAAGGAGGGGCCCUGCCAGCCCCGCCGCCUCUAACGCCGCAGCAGCAGCAGCAACAGCAACAGCAACAGCAAAACAGCAUUCAUGAGUUCGAAGGGGUGGGCCUUGUGAAGCCGGAGACAGAUUCAAUAAUCGACCCAUACAACAGGGCACAAACGGAGCCCGGCUCUGUUCGCCCUCUGUCCUUAGUAUCCCCCAAAGUGCCAAAGGAGGAAGUGCUGGUAGAAGCAGAUCCUUACAAGCAGCAGCAGCAACACCACCACGAACCCCACCACCACCACGAACCCCACCACCACCACGAAGCCCAUCACCAUCACCACCACGAGCAGCACCACCAUCACGAGCAGCAUGAGGAGCAAGAGGAAGAGCCUGUGCGCCAUGAUGAGCUGACCUUCCCUCCGCAUGGAGAAGAAGCCGAAGUGGCGGUGGAGUGCCCAGAGGGCGAAAGAUGGGAUGAGGAGACAGAAACAUGCAUAAUUGAAAAAAGCGAAGGCUCAAACCUGUGGCUGUUGUUUGUGGUAUCUGUGCUGGCCGUUGGGGCGGUGUGGAUCCUUUCCCGCGUGAUACUGAGGCGGCACGGAUCCAAAAAGCGCAGACAGCGCGAUACGGAGUUUGGGCGUUUUGAUUUGUUGCGGAUGGAAGGCCACGACUCGGACUAUGACGACGACGUGUAG